AUGGCUCUGAUUGGUUCUCCGCUGUGUGACGCCACCGGAUACUGUAGCUAUUUUCCGGCUAGCCUGCUCACCGGGUCUGCGCUGGGUAAGAUGGCAGAGGUCGGCCAGAGGCUGGGCAGCGGGGUUUACCGGCUGACAGCUCUCAGAAACAGCCAGAGCCAAAGUCCCGGAUCCCUACUGGUCACCUGCACCGUGACUGACAGCCGGGUAAAAGAGGAGUCUGCUCCCGAUGAUCACCCGGAGUCAAAAAGAGCAACACUACGCAAAUCAGAGAAACUUUACAGAGUGACAAAAGGUAAAGGUGGACAGCUAAAUGGGACUUCCGGCUCUUUGGACCCGGAUUGCCCUCGUUAUAUUGGAUUUGUUCAAACCAGAGGGAGCUUGCAGGACUAUAAGGCUACUCUGUACCUCUCAUCAACAAGACUGCCUCCUCUCCUGCAGGACACCCUACUGCCUGUCAGGAUGACACCAUGGACCAGAGGAGCUGUCUCCAUCCACCCUGAUGCCUUCAGGUCCCCUCAGCAGCUCCGAGCUUUCUGCACGGUCGUCUUCAUCCUGGCAGAGCAGGGAUCAGAGCAGACCAGAUGUGGACUGAGGCGUCUGAAACUACAUCCUGGUACUCUGCCCUCAUCCACAACAGUGAGAGGCUACAGCUGGAGGUCUGGCAGCUCAGGAGAUGGUCUUCUGCUGUACAAAAGCAGGACGGCCUAUUAUGACAUCCUCAAAGUGACCCCCAACGCCACCCAGUCCCAGAUCAAGACCGCCUACUACAAGCAGUCCUUCAUCUACCACCCUGACAAGAACCCAGGGAACAAAGAGGCCACACAAUGCUUCUCUGAGAUCAGCGAAGCCUACACGGUCCUGGGCAACAUCAGCCUGAGGAGGAAGUACGACCGGGGCAUCCUGAGCCAGUCAGACGUCCAAAAUGCAGGCAGGCCCUCCUCAAAAGAGGCCUCAAGUAAAUCCUCAGGAUCUCCACAGCAGCAGCAGCAACAUCAUCAACAGAGGUCCAGGAGGUUCUCCCAAGCUGGGGGAAAGACCAUGUUUGAUUUUGAUGCCUUUUAUCAGGCUCACUACGGGGAGCAGCUGCAGAGAGAGAGGGACAUGAAAGCCAGGAAGCAGCGCAUGCAGGAGCAGCAGAAGGAAAAAUACAAAAAGUGGGCGGACGGUAAACUACUGGAGAUGACUGUGAUGGUGAUGCUGGUCACUGGAGGGCUGCUUUUAGUUAAUAUCACCAAGUCCUGAAAUAGAAGCAGCAGCAGCAACCGGACGCUUUCCCCUUCUGGGGUUACAUGUCAGGACUCCCAGAAGGGGAAGGAGGUGGUAGGGGUGCUACCUCGGACUGUUUUUGCAAGUGUUUGCACAGUUUCUGACAGUUGAAGGUGAUGACUAUUUUUAGUGUGGUGCAGGUAUAAAUAUAACGCCUGCUUACUGAGUUCCAUGCCAUAGAUAGCUUAUCUUUCAUUA